AUGAAUAUUCCGGACGAUUAUAACUGUAACGAUAAAAAUCUGGUUAAUAAUAAACGCAGAUCAUAUUUGCUUAAUAGCCUUGAACUUAGCAGUAAACCCGUAGAUACACUUCGACCUACAGGAAUAUUUCCUAUUUUAAAUAAAAGUGAUGUAUUUUGCACAAAUGAGGGUAGUGACACAAAAUGUACACAGUUACGAAACAAAGAAUCAGCGGACAGUAUGCAAACCGUUACUCUUGAUAUGAAUCAGCUGGGGUCACCGCCCGUCCCGCGCCCCGCACACAGCCCAUCCACUGAUAAAUCGUUACCGAGGGCGACACUUAUUGUAAACAACGAUACUUUAGAACUUACCGGCGAUUCUAACACACAAGUAAUUGCUAAUAAAUCAAAGAAAUCAUUUGCAACUGUAGCGAAAAACGGGUGA